AUGUAUAGGAAUAAUGAACACGUCUUUUGUCUUGCCUGUAUCAGUGAACAUCUGAAAGUGAAUUCGCAAACUUGCCCCGAAUGUAACGAACAUUUGAGUGUUGAUACGCUUCGUCGACCCCGUGUGUUGAAUAAUUAUUUGUCUAAACUGAAGAUUAAUUGUGAUUAUGCCAGUCGGGGAUGUCCUGAGUUAAACUGUGUUGCAGAUCUCGACACUCGUGUUGCCAAUUGUGGCUUUGCGCCUGUCUUGUGUUCAAAUGCAGAGUGUCGUAUGGAGAUUAAUAAACGGGACAAGGUCUAUCACGAGACUGAAGUUUGUGAAUAUCGAAAAGUGAAAUGUCAUGACUGUGGACAGAUACAGGAAGAUGUUGGAACAUUGAAGGGAAGUUUGGUGGAACUGGAUGGGAAAGUGGAAACAGUGAGAGACAGCAAUACUGAAGUAAUGAAAGAAAUAACAAAUGUGAAAGAAAAUCUUUCCAAAGUGAACAAAGACGUGGACGAAGUCAAAGUCAUGAUGAGUCAAAUGUUAGAAAGGUUUAAUAUGCUUGAACUGUUCAGCAAACCGCCAUCUGCGACCGAGGAAGAUAUUUUGAUUGCUGGUGGCUGCGGCUUUUAUACGAAACAUAGUGCAGAAAUAUUUUCCUGGGAGAAAAAUGGUUGGCAUGAGAUUUUGCAAAUGAAUAAAGGACAUAUUGGAGCUUCAUCAUUUAUUUAUAAUGAUCAGCUAUUUGUUGUUGGGGGAUUUACUAAGACGAUAGAAAUCUUGGAUCUCAAUCAAUUACCUUUGAAAUGGAUGGAAUUUUCUGACGAACUUGCUUAUGAAAGUUAUGACCAUGAAAUUGUUGUUUACAAAAAGCGUUUUAUUCACAUUGGUGGAUAUAAUCGUAACGAGCAUAAAACGUCUAACGUGAUUAGUGAAUUGCAACUUACCUCACCUUGCACACUGAAAGAGUUGUGCCAAAUGCCCCAGCCACGAGUUUGUCAUAGCGCUGAGGUUUUUGAAGGUAAAGUCUUGAUCUUGGGAGGAGAAGAUGAUAAUGGUGAUGUUUUAGACAGUGUGUUGGAGUUUGAUCCAGAGAAGAAUGAAUGUAAGGAGCUGCCAUCAUUACCACAUCCCAUGAAAGAAAUGGCAACAGUUCGCUGGAGAGAUCAAGUAGUUGUACUUGGAGGCCGUGACUUGAAGUGUCAAUGUGGUGAGGAUGGUUAA